AUGUCGGUCAUUCCUCUGAAGAAUAUCGUUGCGCCUUUGCUUGCGGAGCAGUCCGACAAGUCCCAGGCCCACCAGAAUCUCUCGACCUCCUUUGACCAUGUUGGCAAAGUCUCAUGGUCAAAGGCCCAGCAAAAUGGUACCAAAGCAAAGGGUGGGCUUUCUAUGCUCGAAAAGCCAGAUCAAAACGAUCUGGCGCUACCGAUUGACUCAUGUGACCAUCCACUCUUUCCUCCCCUUCCGUCCUAUGGCGCUCCGAAUUUCGCUCGCGAUCUCCGAAACUAUGCUGUCAGAGCGGUCUCAUUCCUGCUCUCCCUGAUCUUUUUGACUGCGAUAUUCUUGGUAGCAUUGAUAUGUACAGCUCGGACGACAUUACAGAGUGUUAUACCCCGACUGAAACGAGACCACACCGGCUCGCAACGGGUUUUCCAUGUCGAGGAGCGGAUUCGAAAAACAAAAAGAGCGGAUAUAGAUCGUAAAUGGCACAUUAGGCGGCAAAAAAAGCACGUCGACGAAGAACAACGUCCCGACGAUUGUCUUCCCUUGGAAGGCGGCAAGGACAAGAUCAUAUGCGACGUCGCCUACUAUGCCAGACGUGUCGGUCUCGAUGUGGAAACAUUUCGUGUGCAAACCGAGGAUGGCUUCAUAAUUUCUUUAUGGCACGUGUAUAAUCCUCAGGAAUACACAGCUCUAUCUCCAGAGCAGAGACGUGAGCGAGGCCCCACUGUUUUCGGUGCACCCAAGCAAGGGAUUCCAUCUGGGAUUGGGUCUCGUCGUCGAUAUCCCGUUCUGUUGGUUCAUGGGCUUCUUCAAAGUGCUGGCGCGUAUUGCACCAAUGACGAUGACAGUCUUGCAUUCUUUCUGUGCAAAUCGGGAUACGAUGUCUGGCUGGGCAACAAUCGCUGCGGCUUGGAUCCAGAACACACAACUCUUUCGACCUCUGACCCCCGCAUGUGGUCGUGGGACAUUCGGCAUCUUGGAACUCUUGACCUCACAGCGUUGAUCUCGCGUGUUACUUAUGAAACCGGUUUUAGCAAGUUGGGCUUAGUGUGCCAUUCCCAGGGUACCACUGAAACCUUCGUAGCACUGGCCAAAGAACAUCGUGCAGAACUUGGCGAGCGGAUCUCGGUCUUCUGCGCGCUUGCUCCAGCUGCCUAUGCUGGCCCACUCGUUCGCAAGUCUUUUUUCCGGUUCAUGGGUAUUCUCUCACCUGAUUUGUUCCGCAUUGUCUUUGGGAUCCAUGCUUUUAUUCCCUUCAUGAUGACAAUCCGCCGAUUUUGCCCUCCCAGGGUAUAUGGCACUCUCGCCUACUGGGUGUUUUCAUCUCUCUUCGGGUGGACCGAUGCCCGCUGGGAGCGCGAUCUCCGUCAUCGCAUGUUUCAGUUCGCCCCUGUAUAUGUCAGUGCGGAAUCCAUGCGUUGGUGGCUAGGUAGUGAGAGCUUUGCGAAGUAUGGGUUCAUCCUGUCCCCUACUGACGAAUCAACAUCCAAGCUGAACGAAUGCCACCGCACGUUGGCUGGGGCUGAACAUGGUGAUGAUCCCCGAGAUCCAUGUCUCGGUUCCCUGAGAGACAGUGCUUGGUUCGGCCCCCAUACGCCCCCCUUUGCUUUGUGGAUCGGUGGCUCCGAUGCUCUCGUGGACGGCCGACGACUUCUGCGUCGCUUCCAAGAUGGGCUUGAACCUCAUGUACGAGUAGUUCACUCAAAAGUCAUCGAGGAGUAUGAACACCUCGAUGUUAUAUGGGCCAUGGACGCCAUUGAGCAAGUGGGCAAAGAAGUGCGGCAGAUGCUUUGGACGACCAUGCCUCAAAAUGCUCGUCGCAUAUGUUGCAUUCCGAGCGGGGUUCAUUUGGGCCAGCUGGACGAUCAGAUGACAAUCACAGACUCGGACGAACUUCCAUACAAUUAA